AUGCGGCGAGCGCCGCUCGCGCAGCCCGCCGCCGUCACCAUUGCAAUAUCCUUGCUAUUACGCUUUGUUGACGCAGGUUCAAUGGGCCCCGGAGUACCAGAGAAUAUAACUGUUACCUUCCUUAAUCCGACCACGGUGCGAGUAUCCUGGUCCACAACAGCUGAUCUAGUUGAGAAAUAUGAUGUCACAUACAAACCUUCAGAUGCGAGUUACAGAGUGGUACUAGAAGUAGCUGGUAACUCUGAUGCAGUGAUACUUAGUGGACUGGAAGCAGACACGCAAUAUCAAGUAACAGUUGCCGCCUUGUGGGGCGGACACAAGUAUAGAAGCAGGCCUAUAGUCUUCCGCACGCUGGAGCUCCCUCGAACGUCACCGCAGCAGGACGGGGGUCUAGAGUCAGCUCGCUCCUCAGUGACCCCCCCAGAUCCUUCGCCCACAUUUCCAACGAUACGAGGCGUGGAAAUUGGGAUCGUAGUUUUAAUACUGAUAGUAUGGAUCGGAGCUAUAGCUCUGUUCUUCAAUAGAUGGGGGAAGAUUCGAAUGUUGCUGCCAUAUCAACCCGACUACAAGCAGGAGCAGCUGAAGGUGCCUGGAAGCAGCGCUUUGGCUGCAGCAACGGCAGGAGGAACUUGUGGUGCUCAUUCAGCACCAUCAGCAUGUUCGCACCAAAUAGUUGAUAGUUUCGCUUACACCACCACAUUAACGCAUUUUAUAACAUUUAAUGUAGUGACAAAUUCUGAACAAUGGUUCGCUUAA